GUCACCGCAGCAAUUCGUUUCAAUCCCCCCCCCCCCCCCCCGUCUGAGCUGAUCGUUGUCAACGGAGGGGAAGUGUUAGUAGAGGAGAAGGAAUCGGAAGUCAUGAAUCUCAAUGACGUGCGCAAUGUGAAGAUUCCGAAUGGCGGGCCUGCAGGUGCAUUGGUCAAGCUCGCCGUUAUCGGUGGCAUUGGGGUGUAUGCUGCGGUCAACUCGUUGUACAAUGUGGAGGGAGGGCACCGAGCCAUUGUGUUUAAUCGCAUUGUAGGUGUCAAGGAUAAGGUGUAUCCAGAGGGAACGCAUUUUAUGAUUCCCUGGUUCGACAGGCCUGUGAUAUAUGAUGUCCGUGCACGACCUAACAUUGUCGAGAGCACGUCGGGGAGUAGGGAUCUUCAAAUGGUGAGAAUUACGUUGCGAGUGCUGACGCGCCCUAUGGCGGAUCGACUGCCUACGAUCUACCGCACACUAGGACAAGACUAUGCGGAACGAGUUCUGCCUUCUGUUGUUCAGGAAACUUUAAAGGCCGUUGUUGCUCAGUACAACGCCAGCCAGCUCAUUACGCAGCGUGAGGUUGUGAGCAGGGAGAUCCGGAGAAUCUUGCAAGAGCGUGCUACAAGUUUCGACAUCGCUUUGGAUGACGUGUCUAUCACCAAUCUUACUUUUGGGCGGGAGUUCACAGCUGCUAUUGAAGCCAAGCAAGUUGCUGCUCAGGACGCUGAGAGGGCCAAGUUUGUGGUGGAGAAGGCAGAGCAGGACAAAAAAAGUGCCAUCAUCCGUGCUCAGGGAGAAGCCAAGAGUGCUCAACUUAUUGGUGACGCCAUUUCUAACAAUCCAGCUUUCAUCACCUUGAGAAAGAUUGAGGCUAGUAGAGAAAUUGCGAACACAAUCUCGACCUCCCAGAACCGCGUAUUUUUGAGUGCCGAUUCCUUGCUCCUUAACUUGCAAGACAUGGGUGUCGAAGAAAUUGGUCUGAAGCUAGUCCAAUCCAAGAAGUAAUGAAAGCACAAGCCAUUCACUUCAAGUCUUUGAACAUGUAGUUUAUUCAUUGUCAGUCUUCUUGUUGGAGUCAGUGAUUCUAUCGAAGUCGUCUAAUUAUUGACAGCAGGGAUCGUUUGAAUCUGUACUUUCCCAUUCAAUUUGCUUAUUAGGACAUUGUAGCUGGUUAUAACAAAGAGCAUUUCUUUAGAAGGCCUAUUGGCAAAAGAACCUAAGCCGAGGGGUCCAAUACAGGAAUAAAGGAAUAAUGAUUACUUUGGAUAGAUGACAAGAUUCUGAUUAGUUUACACUUAUAAGGAAGCUGAUUCGGUUCUCAAA